GCUCCCCUAAAACCCUUGUCUUGGCUUACAGACACCAACCCAGAAAGAGAGUGCGAGCAAAUUCAAAUAAAACAACAGAACAAAUCGUUCGUUGCUCAAAUGGCUCAAAUGGAAGAGAUAACGGAGGGUGUGAACAAGAUAAACAUCGCCGAUUCCCCGAAGAAGAACCGUAUUCAAGUCUCCAAUACUAAGAAGCCCCUCUUCUUUUACGUUAAUCUCUCCAAGAGAUACUUGCAGCAGAACGAUGAGGUCGAGCUUUCAGCACUUGGAAUGGCUAUUUCAACAGUUGUUUCAAUUGCUGAAAUCCUGAAGAACAAUGGAUUUGCUGUUGAGAAGAAAAUCACAACAUCCACCGUGGAGAUAAAGGAUGAUUCAAGAGGAAGGCCCGUCCAGAAAGCCAAGAUUGAGAUAGUUCUUGGGAAGACAGCAAAUUUCGAUGAAUUAAUGGCUGCAGCCGCACAAGAGAGUGCAGAAAAUGGAAACGGUGAAGAUUAGGGCUGACAUCAUAUGUACGUCUUCAUGAGUUGUAUCGUGUAGAACGGAAUUAAGACGGUCACAAUAGUCGUUCUGGUUCUAAUUUUGUAACAAAUGUUUUCUUGAACGGGUUGUUUGAGCUCUCCUUUUUUUAUUUAAUUUAUGUUUCAUUUUGUUCAAUAUUCUUUAAAUGAAGCUUGUUCG